AUGUCCAACGCAAAUGGCAGUGCAAUAACCAAAUUCAUUUUACUUGGGCUCACAGAUCGCCCAGAGCUCCAGCCUCUCCUGUUUGUGCUGUUUCUGGCGGUUUACCUUGUCACCCUCUUAGGCAACCUGGGCAUGAUAAUGUUAAUCAGACUGGACUCUCGGCCCAUGUACUUCUUCCUCACUAACUUAGCCUUCGUGGACUUGUGCUAUAGCUCGAAUGCAACCCCACAGAUGUUGAUUAAUUUCUUAUCAGAGAAGACCAUAUCCUUUGCUGGCUGUUUCACGCAGUGUUACAUUUUCAUCGCGCUCCUCCUCACUGAGUUUUACAUACUGGCAGCAAUGGCGUAUGACCGCUACGUGGCCAUAUGCAACCCUCUGCGCUACAGUGUGAGAAUGUCCGGGAGAGUCUGCACCUGCUUGGCCACAUUUCCUUAAGUCUAUGGUUUCUCAGAUGGGCUGCUCCAGGCCAUCCUGACCUUCCGCCUGACCUUCUGUAGAUCCAAUGUCAUAAACCACUUCUACUGUGCUGAUCCACCACUCAUUAAGCUUUCUUGCUCUGAUACUUAUGUCAAAGAACACGCCAUGCUCAUCUCAGCUGGCUUCAACCUCUCCAGCUCCCUCACCAUCAUCCUGGUGUCCUACACCUUCAUCAUUGCUGCCAUUCUCCGCAUCAAAUCAGCAGAGGGAAGGCACAAGGCCUUUUCCACCUGUGGUUCCCACAUGCUGGCUGUCACCCUGUUUUAUGGGACACUCUUCUGCAUGUAUGUAAGACCACCAACAGAUAAGACUGUUGAGGAAUCCAAAAUAAUAGCUGUCUUCUACACCUUUAUAAGUCCGAUGCGUAAUCCACUCAUCUACAGUCUGCGGAACAAAGAUGUGAAGCAGGCCUUGAAGAAUGUCCUCAGACGAAACAUGGUCACUACUGUGGCAAUGCCUCCACUUUCCAAUAAACCAUAG